AUGUCUGAACACAGCCAAGCCUCUGACGAAGACGUGUCCCCUGAGGACAUCGAUGAAGAUGAAAUCCUGGCGAACCUGUCCCCCGAGGAGCUGAAGGAGCUGCAGUGCGAGAUGGAGGUGAUGGCCCCAGACCCCGAGGUCCCAACGGGGAUGAUACAGAGGGAUCAGACGGAGAAACCCCCGACGGGGAGCUUCGACCACAGGUCGCUGGUGGACUACCUGUACUGGCAGAAGGCGUCCAGACGCAUGCUCGAGGACGAGAGAGUUCCCGUCACCCUCUUGCCCUCUGAGAGGAGCGCUGCGGGGACGGGAGGCAGCGCAGCUGGCAGCAGCGAGGCGGGCGGCAGGAGCGGGCCAGAAACGGAGGGGAAGGAAAGGCACUACAGGAACGAGUGCUUGGCCAGCUCGGGAACACAGCUUGGAGAGGCAAACAAGGGUGGAAGCGAUAAGGAAGCAGAGGAGGAAGUGGAGGAGGAGGAGGAGGAGGAGGAAGAUGAGGAGGAGGAGGAGGAGGAGGAAGAAGAGGGUGAUGAGAGUGAAUCAGAAACAAAGGAAACUUGCACCCAUGAAAACCAUCGCAGUGAUCAGACAAGUGAGGAAUCAGGUAGAGAAUCAGGGGAAAUGACAGAAAAGCCAGGUGAAAAUGAAAAGAAAAUAUCAAAGUUAAACAUCCCUAAGAAGUUAGCGUUGGAUACCAGCUUCUUGAAGCUAAGUGCCAGGCCCUCAGGAAACCAAACCAACUUAGAAGAGAGCUUGGAGAAAGUCCGAAAAAACAAUCCGGACAUGAAGGAGCUCAACCUGAACAACAUAGAAAACAUCCCCAAAGAAAUGCUGAUAGACUUUGUCAACGCAAUGAAAAAGAAUAAGAACAUAAAAACGUUCAGCUUGGCCAACGUGGGAGCCGAUGACAAUGUCGCCUUCGCGCUGGCCAACAUGCUGCGCGAGAACAGGAGCAUCACCACGCUCAACAUCGACUCCAACUUUAUCUCUGGCAAAGGCGUCGUGGCCAUCAUGAGGUGCCUGCAGUACAACGAGACGCUGACGGAGCUCCGCUUCCACAACCAGAGGAGCAUGCUGGGCCACCAGGCCGAGAUGGAAAUUGCCAGGCUGCUGAAAGCCAACGCCACCCUCCUGAAGAUGGGCUACCACUUCGAGCUGCCGGGGCCCAGGAUGGUGGUGACCAACCUGCUGAGCAGGAACCUGGACAAGCAGAGGCAGAAGAGGCAGGAGGAGCAGAGGCAGCAGCAGAGGAAAGAGCAGAGGGAGCUGAUAGCCAUGCUGGAAAACGGACUGGGCUUGCCGCCGGGGAUGUGGGAAAUGCUGGGGGGACCGCUGCCCGAGCCCAGCAUGCGUGAAGCCCCCCCAGCACCCAAGCCCCCCAUGCACCCCGCCAUGCCCCGGAGCCGAGGGAAGGAGAGCACGAGGCCGGAGGCCCCUGAGGAGCCUCACACAGCCAAGCCCGUCAGCUUCAGGGUGGUCAAGCUGAAAAAGGUGCAGCGCAAGCCCGCCGUGCCCGAGUACGUGGAGCCCGCCGAGAAAACCAACCUCAAGGACGUGAUCAAAACGCUGAAGCCGAUCCCCAGGAGACGGCCACCUCCCCUCGUCGAAAUAACCCCGAGGGAUCAGCUGCUGAACGACAUCCGCCAGAGCAACGUCGCUUAUCUCAAACCGGUGCCAUUACCAAAGCAGCUGGAGUGAGACCAGACUGACCCAAAGAAACCAACUUGGAAUAAAGACUAGUCAAGUUUCGCUUACAAUUGUUUCGGCAGAAGUUUUCUGCAGAACCCAGGUGGUGUAUAUGAACGACUCCUUGGGAACAAAGAUAUGCACUUUUUAAAACAGUGAUGAAAAAGGCUGGCAUGGGAAAAAUCAGUGCUAAGGUUUUCCAUCAGGUAUCAAACAAUCCCAGUGCCAUCUGCCUGCCAAAUGGAUUCAAGGCUCCAGUUUGUUGUGGGAGGAUUUUCUCAGAGACAUCAAUAACCUUAAGUCUUUCUAGUUUUUCAGUAAACUGUUUUGCUUCCAUGUUGUCCUUCUGCUGUCAGAAUCUGUAGGAACAUGCUGUGCUUUAGCUUAUCUUUCUUUUCACACACAUGCUCCUCGAUUAUUCUCUUGUCCAUGAGAAAUGCAUUUGGUUUCCAUGUAUACAGCUUUAUUUUUUAGGCUAAGGAAAUGGAAAUGAAAUAAAAGCUCUAUCCAUAAGAAGCGUGCAGCACUUCCGUGGCUAACAAGAGGCCUGCAGAACAGAAAGGCUGCUCUGGUGCAUCCAGCGCCUCCGCGUGAUGGUUUCAGGCUGGUGCAUUUCAGCACUGUUUAGUUGGUUUUGUACCUCAUGAACGUGUAAAAGACAAUGCCACGCACUGCUUUGAGAACUGUAAUCUUCACUCCUUGUGAUUGCCUGUAGCUCUUCACAGCGGUGCUCCAGCAGCUGAAUCCCAGUCCCACCCCACAGAUAUUAUUACAGCCCUUUGGAAUCACUAACGUUCAGGACCUCUUUGAAUCCAAGGUAGUCUCCGCUGGCAUUAGGUCAAGUUUUCUUUCCUUCUUGUCCUUUUUGCAUCUUUCAGGGGAUCUCUUUCAAAUCUGUCUUCUUCCAAACUCGUAACGUGUCUCAGCUGUACUCCUGCCUGCAACUGUAAUGCCCCCCACCUGGGAAAUCUGGUUAAUUUAUUACGUAAGACAUACUAAGCAGUUUUUAAGCAACACAGAAGGAGGGAGGGAAAGCUGCUUCUGCACAGCAGAGGCAUAAAAAAGGAAGUACCAUUUUCAUUGCACCUGUUUUUGGCACCCCUCUUUUUGUAAAGGCCAGGAAGUGGGGAACAGGGCCCUGCUGCCCUUGGGAAGCAGGCCCUCAAAUGAAGCACUACAGGUGCUUCAGCCAGGAGCAGCCCAAGCAGCAGCGCAGAGCUGGCGUAUAUUAUGAAGGUAGUUACAUCAGGACUUGCGGUCCUGCUCUGAUAUGUGUUCCCCCACUGUGCAGCCUCCUAAGGGAUUGCAGGGGGGAGGCAGCCGGAUUCAGAGACCCCAGAACUCACCCGACUGCAGCGGAGCUGCCUUCCCAGUGCUGCUCAGGGCACAGCUCCGAGUAAUUGUAGAAGCAGGCAGAAAUCCCUCCCAGGUAAUUAGAAGAAACAUAAAAUUGCUAUUAAGAUGAGUUAUAUAAGAGACAAGCAAUGCAAACAAGUGCUUACAUAUUUCACUUCUGCAGACUAGCAAGGAUGAGCAAGGCCGCACCGUUGCUGCAGUUCACACGCAGCUCCCUCGUGCCUCAGCAACAUUUAUACUGAGGCAGAGCAACCAACCCCAGCCGUUCGUCACCAGCACAGGCUCACGGCACCAGCUGUAGGGUGACACCAGAGCUCCCACCACCACCCUGGGGAGGUCACCAGACGUGGGAACAACCACAACCACAAGCCUAAGUUCAGAGUCACGCUUCCCAACCUGAAAUAAAUGCACUCAGCAGUCACCAUUAGAGUUUAUUUUUCUUCAUAAGUGUGCAGUUUUUAAAAUUCUACAGUAAUGAUGAAGUCAUAGGCUACUACCUUUAAGUGUGGAAACAGUUUUCAAAAACAAAGACCAUGCGCUACAAGUGAGGAACAGGCCAUCGACUCUUCAGCUGGAAUUAUUUUCAAUAAAUACUGAUCACUUUAACACGUAAAUGGAAUGACAUGUUCAGAUUUCUACACAGCUCACUAUGAAAACAGCAUG